ACUACUUCUCAAAUGCAUGUGUAUGCUGAAGAAAACUCCCUCCCUCCUCCCCUAAACAUCACUCGUCUCUUCCCCUCUCGUGUCUGGCUUAUUCUCUCUCUGUCUUUCUCGUGCAUGGCUGUCGGUCUGACAUCUUGACUUCAGUGAGUGGACUGACUGCUAAUGGUUGGCAUUUCCCCAUCACGGAGGACGUGUCCUGGGUUGAAAACAUCGGUCUGUCGGUUGUCUUCUGGAGUGGUCGCAGCUCUCUUCCUGUCAUCAUGUGGGACUCUAAUGGUCUGGCAGUAACUCAAAGGUUCUGAAGCCUCCCCUCAGGCUGUCUGAAUGGAAAUCUCCUGUGCCUGAGGGUUACUGAAGGAGACAGAAGUUCGUGACCCACUUUGGAGAACCAUUGUCGGCAACAAGCUAAGUCCCACAACUGACAGAACUCGGCCUUUCUCCAAUUCGAGCCAAUCAACACCUUUUAGUGCAAUAAUUCAAAAGAAGACUUUGUAUUACUCCACCAGAGAGCUGAGAAGGAACUACUCCAGUUUGGACCUGAACAAAGAUAGAGGAACAGAUGGAUAAAACAAACUUCAACUUGACUUGCGUGACAAUCUCGAAUAGCCCUAUCAGUGACUUCUUGAUGGGCAUCUACAUCCUGGCCUUUAUCCUGGGCUUGGCCUUUAACCUAUUGACCCUUGGCCCCAUCGUCCAGCAGGUCCGCAGCCAGAACGCCCUGGGGGUAUUCCUGCUCAACCUGUCCCUGUCUGACCUACUCUAUAUCUUUACCAUGCCUCUCUGGAUCAACUACUACCACCGGGACCACCACUGGAGCCUGGGCAGCCUCUCCUGCAGCGUGGCCGGCUUCUUCUACUACUCCAACAUGUACCUUAGCAUCUACCUGCUGUGCUGCAUCUCUGUGGACCGCUGCCUGGCCGUCACCUACCCCCUAAGGACCAAAGCCUUUCGCAACGUGCGCUACGCCUGGGUGCUUUGUCUGGUCGUGUGCGUGACUGUCAUGUCCGGACACGGCCUGGUGCUGUUCAAAGACAACCUGCAGGACGCCCACGACGACGCGCAGGACCGCUGCUACGAGACCUACCCCAUGCCGCAGCCCGUGGCCCUGUUCAACCUGCUGCGGGUGGGCAUCGGCUUCCUGCUGCCCCUGCUGGUGCUGGGGCUCUGUUACUGGAGGAUCCUGGGCCAGGUGAAGCAGAGCGAGGGGCUGGGGGAGCAGGCUAAGAGGAAGGUACGGCUGCUGUCCUUCGGGGUGAUCGGGAUUUUCUCUGUGUGCUUCGCCCCCUACCACCUCCUCCUGCUGACCCGCUCCCUGGCCUACUACUACUACCACAUGGACGAAAAGAUGUACUGUCAGUUUGAGCAGAAAAUGCACUUCCCUUUCUCGUUUACGCUGGCCCUGUCCAGCCUGAACAGUGUGGUGGACCCAGUGCUGUAUGUGCUGGUCAGUAACGGGGUGAGGGAGGACAUGAGACUGUGCUUCUGUGGGAACAAACAGGGUCAGAGGGAGAGAGAGAGUCCCCUCUCCACUGAACCAUGGAACACACAUAUUACAAGUCUGAUCUGAUUACAUACUGUGUGUGUUUGUGUAGAGGGUUGGGCAGGUUACUUUCUAAAUGUAAUCAAUUACAGUUACUAGUUGCC